GUACCACAGAGGAAGAAAUUACGAUGGAUAAAGGUGUAGCUUCAGUUGGAACAGCAAAAAUUGGUUAUCCGUUGACUAACGUCAAGCAUUUUGCUGACACGCAAGAAUUUUUAUCUGUCUGUGAUAUGGAUACAGACUUACAACAGUCUUUUGAGAUAAGUGUAUGCAACGAAGCAAAGUCGCAAGAAUCAGGUUAUCAUACAGGAAGUAUGCAGAGUACAAAUUUCAGUAUGACUACUUUUACCAGCAACAGCACAAUUUGUAGUUCCAUGUCUUUCCAGAAAGACAGGCGCCCAAGUAUAUUUGGCACUGAUGCAUCAAACUGUCACGCUGUCGUCAAUGUAAACGACAGAAAACCCCAAAAUCAGUCCAAUGUACUAAACAGAAACCCAGCUGGAGAAUGAUGCCAAAUAGAUUUAGAUUUUAUAUAUGUAGUAUGAAUAUUUGCUAGUGCAGGAAAGUAAUUUGUUGACCAAGAGAACAGUAUUUAGCCGUUAAGCAUUUUAAAGUAUAAGUGAUUACAUCAAGUAUUAUAAUGUUAGUACUUUGUACAGUAAUUAAAAUAUUAAAUAUAUACAGAGUUUAUACUCUUGUUAUUAAAGAUACUGUAUUGUUAAGUGAUUUCUGUGAUAGAAUUAUUUCUCCAUUCAGAUCUUAUUCCAAGACAAGGGGACAGGAUCCUUGAAACUAUUUUUCAGCUUUUUAAUCCUCAUGCAAAAUACCGAAGGAAUUUUUUUAAAUCUUAGAGAUGCAGUUAUAUCGCAUGUAUUUUGAAGUAUGUGAUUGUUGCCCAGGUUGAUACUGCAUGUCUACGUUCUUAUUUCUAAUGAAGAGCUCAGGAAACAUUAGAAUUGAUUUUGUGUAUGUAAUGAGAGGUAGAAUGCCAAACUGUAGACAGAAGUGCAGUCUGACAAUGUUAUGAUAUCUGUAUGAUAAUUUAACUUACAUCUUCCUGUUUCCUUGCAUGGUUGAUUUGUGUAUGAAAGUAUUUUUUUCAUUCUAAGUGAGCACCAAUUCCAUCAGAGCUCAUUACAAUACAAUUCAAAAUGAUAAGCUUAAAGUUGGAGGGAUUCCAGUUAAUUUUUGAGUAAAGAAUCUUCAAAUCUUUAGGAAAAUGUCAAAAUUAAUUUUCUUAAGUCAGUUUACUAAUUCACAUUUUACAAAAGUCAAAAUUUCAUAUUUUAAAUUUAUUAAAUUCUAAAUACCACAUAUUCUAUUAUGAAGUUAUUUAUCAGAAGAUAGGAUUCCUGUAAAGUUGUAGAGAGUAUUCAUUUACAAGGGUGUAAUAAUUAAAAACUAAAAAUAUUUGUGAUGCAUAUAAAUUAAAGCACUGUAUUUAUUGUAUAUAACGCAUGAUUUUUUAGCUUUCAUUUUGCAAGAGUUAACUAACAUUGCUUAACAUAGCUACUAACUAUUUUCAUUUUUAGUUUGGAAAUUUUAAAAGAAAAUAAUUGCAGGGUAUCUUAUUGCUGUAUACAAAUAUUAAUGCAGAGAUUCAAAAUCUGCAAGGUAAAUCACAUUCUGCCUUUGGUAUGUUAGAGUAUGCUAUUUUCAUGUGUAAGUUGUGUAAAUUUCCUUUCGGAUUUUCCCCUAUACCUUGCCAAACCUUUAUUUUUAGUAAAUUACAUGAAAAUCAAAUGCUCCAAGCAGAUCCUAGUGCUAAAUUGAGUACUAAAACAAGCAUUCUCCAAAAAGAUAGCUUUAUAGUUCCCUGAGUAAACAAUGCCUAGGAGUUUUUGUUUGUUUUUAAUUUAGCCUUUCUUAUAGGAACUUUGCUUUUCUAAAGGAAAUCAUGAAAAACUAACAAAUAUUUUAAAGAAUAUUUCUCGUCGUAAAAAGUCUUGAAAAAAAUUAAUUUUUAGUUCACUGUUGUACUCUGAUUGGAUAUAGAGGAAAUUAUGUUUGUGGGGUUACUAAGAAAACAAUCUCUUAUAGAACUAAAAAAUUGUGAGAAAGAUUGAAUUGACUUUGUCCCUCAUUUUGUAGGGGCUUUUCUUCUUUGACACAACUGGUGCAGGAUAUUCUUCAUUAGAAACCAAAAAACAUCUGUAAAGGGCAAGAGAUAUUGUCCUAAAUGUAUAAUGUUUGUAUUAAAAUACUAUGCAUUCGUUGUAAGAUCUGCUUGAAACAGAAAAGCUCGUUCAGAACCCCUCUACCUUCUUGGCUAGAAAGUCUAGAAAUAUAUUUCUAGAAUUUUAUUUUUCAGCGAGUAUAAGACAAGUCGAGUACUAGGUGCCAUUGUAAUAGACUAAGGAUUACUUUGUUUUGAGAAACUCUGUGUGUGAAAAAUGUUCAGAACCAAACGUGAGCUAUUUGUACAAGUAGUCUUUGUCAAUGCUCGAGAUAACAGUGGUUAAGCAGUAGCCAUACUGAAGAGGCAAUUAGUUUCAAGUGCAGGAAUUGCAAGAUUGAAAUGUCAAAAUUGAUCUGUGGAAUGAUGAACAUUAUGAAAGGUUGACACUGUAUCAACUUUAGUUUUAUGCGUUCUGUUUUGCCUUCUAAUCAAACUCCAUUUUGGGCAAAUAUUAUGUAUAUUGAUGUAUAAAAACUGAAAUCCGAGCUUUAUAUUUUAGGUAUGAAGUAAGUUUAAUAUACCUUUACUGACAUAAUCCCAUUAAAAGGGCUACUAUUUACUGUAUAGAGUAGUUGGGUAUUCAAAGAAAUCCAGUGUUUUCUGGUAUUGUAAAUUUGAAUUGUAUUUGGCUCAGUGGUUUGGUUAAACAAAUCUUAGAUAAAUAAUUGACUCUAAGGAAUAUUAAUCCUCAGUUGGGAUCAUUUAUAUGGAUAAAACCAGUAUAGUAUGAAUGGUAUGGUGGCAUGUCUCAAAGAUUACAAAAUUUGUUUGAUAAAUGCUUUUUUUUGUAUGAUUAUUUGUAAAGUUAUUAGAAAUGGUUGUAUGGAAGAAGGAUUCUCAGACUAUAUAAAUACAGCAUGUUGAGUUGUAGAAGUUCUCUAAUAAAUUUGAUAAAUGACUAGGCAUGCAUGGAUGAAUUGCCGAAGGUGGCUACUUUUUUCCUGUUCACAGUAGUUUUUAUUUCUAUAGGUUUAAUUUAUUUUUUUAUUUCAUUACUUUAUUCUUGCUAUGCAAAAUGUUGAUGUUUUUUUUAUCAUUCUGCUUUUUUUAUAUAAUCAGUGAGUUUAUAUGUUUUUACAUUGCUCUAGCAAAUAAUCAUCAUUGGCAGUGCUUCUAUAAGUUAAUAUGGGUGGACAUGGCAAAAUUAUUUUCAUUCAUUUUCUGCAUGCAUUUAUCUAUUAGUAGCUUUUUCAUGAAAUGUGUUUAAUAAUUCUUCAAUUUGCAUACUGUUGUGACAGGAAGGACAGUAACCUUAUUCUUUUCCAUCAUAAAGUCACUUUACAGGGUAGAGAGAGCUAAGCAUGUUUCAUAUCUUUUCAGCGUUUAUACCAGUAGCUUGCAACAAGAUUAUUUUGGAAUUUUCAAUCUAUGUUAUGCUUAUCUGUUUCUUUCAUAUAAUUCUAAAUUCUUUGUAGGACAGAAGAUUGUUAACUUAUGGACAAGCGAAGCUUCUCCUCUUUUGCAUGGAUGUUAAGUCAGUAGGCUUGUUUAUUUUGUAACUGCCCAGAGAACUCGUAUCAGUCUGGCUUGUUUAUUUUGUAACUGCCUAGGGAACUCGUGAAUUUUCUUUUGCAAUGGUCUAUAGAGGGAUAGUGCCAUCAGUGCACCUCACAUGGUGUACUGUAGGUAUUGAGGUUCAUUGCAGUAUUCCUUUGGUCCCUAGCUGCAACCCGUCUCAUUCCUUUUACUGUACCUCCAUUAUUAUUCUCUUCUCCCAUCUGGAUAUCCAACCUCUCAACAUGAAAUUUAAUUCAUAGUGCAACAGUGAAGUUUUCCUCCUGUUACACCUUUCAAACCUUCCUCCUCCCAGUUUCCAUUUGAGCACUGAAUGACCUCACAGGUCCCACUGCUUGGCCUUUGGACCAAGUUCUCUAUUCCAUUUCAUUCUCUUGCAAUGUAUCUCUGCUAGUAGACUUUGUUUAUUUUACUAACUGCUUAGAUAAUUCUUUUCAAUCCAUACAAAGGCAUUGUGUACUGUUUAGUAAGAACAAAAGCUUUUUAACCUUUGGACAUGUGAAGCUUCUCUUCUCUUACAAUGUAUCUCGUGCUAGUAGAUUCGGUUUAGUAACUUCGUAGAUAAUUCUCAUCAAUCCAUUGUGUACUAUUUAGUAAGAACAGACACUUCAGGUCAGUUCAAAGAAUGUUGAGAAUGUUAAAGUUGUGUGGUUAGGUUACUAUGUUAACAAUUAGAAUAAUAAAUUAGAGUCAAGGCCUCGUUUCUUUGUCAAGUUUGACCAACUAACAAAAUGUUUGAAGACUUUCUUAGUAAUAAUGAUUUAGUCUCAUUGCCAUCUUGUCAGUUACAAUAAAAUAGGUGGUGGUGAUUUUGGAAAAUGGGGAUGAGUUUUUAUGUUAUUCUGUAUUACCAUACUUUUUUUAUACUGUUGCAGAAUGUAUUAGUAAAUUUGAUGAUAGACAUAUAAGGGAUGACAAACAAAAAUUGUUUUAAAGGCUAGGAGGAAGUGAUUUACUAGGACAAGACAAAAAUUCAAUAGUAUAGUUACUUGUGUAAUACACCAAGAUUGUACUUGUAUAAUUACAAAGGUGGUAAGUUGAGAUAUACACUUAAGGGACAUAGUGUAUGAAAGGAGGACAACAGGAACAGUUAUGUACAAUGUUUAACGUUGGGCAUUUGCUUUCAAUUUGUUCAGGUAAUGUUAAUAGAUUCUGUUAGUGUUUCCACUUUCCUUUGAAAAAAUUGAUAAUGAUACACAUGGGGCAGUGACCUGCUAGUUAUCUUGCUUCCAUCUCUUCCAUUUCAUUUUUAUUUCAUGACUGGUGUGAGACAAGAUAAUUCUUAAUAUAACCAAUAACAGAAUGUAUGGCUGGUGCCUUGGCAUCAGUAAUUUUUGUAAUGUUGAUGUAACAUAGUUCCAGUGGUGUUGCAAGUUUUAAUAUCCAUGUAGUCUCAAAAAUUGGAGUAAUUUGAAUAAGUAAACAUACCCACCAUCCACUAUGAUUUGUAGCUGGAAGCUGUCCAAUUAUAAAUUGUUUUCUGCCUAAAUAGAAUUUUGAAGUAAGUAUGGGAUCAAGUAAGUAACUAAACAUUUCAAGGAGUCAUCACUCCUUUCUUCCUGUUUGUGAGAAAUUGUUGAUAAGCAUAGGAAUGCUCUAAACAUUUUGCUGUACUCAUAGCUAGCUCAUGAGGUAACAUUCAGGUAGCCAUGGAAACGACUGCAAUAAGUUACUUUGGUUGGUCUUGAGAGCUUGCCAUUGUCUUUCAUUAAUCUUAAACAUCUGUUCUCAGAAAGAAUGCCUCUGACCAAUCUUUUCUUUAUAUUUUUUAUCUGAGGUGACAGUUAUAUCAGGCUGUCACUGAAUUUUGUUUUGCUUUGUUUUAGUUUGAUGAAACAGUAGGUUGUUGCAUCUAUCGAUGGAUAGCCAUAAGAAAUUCAUUCAUACAAGUUGUUUACUAUAAUUUAUUACUUUGAAAAGUCACCUAAUGUACUUCUUAAAGUUAAUAAAAAAUUGAAUUUUCUCA